AUGUCUAUGGACAGGAUCUUCUGCUUUUGUUGUAAGUUGUUUAAAACACCAAUAAAUGUGACAAAAGUUGGCCAACUAGGUAAUGAUGGGUUCAAAGAUUGGCAUAAUUUGCAUCGGUCUAUUAAAAGUCAUGAAGGGAAUGAGGAGCAUUUACGUUGCAUGACUAAUGCAAGUCAGGAGGAGCAAAUGUCUUUAAUUGUACGAUUUGUAGAUAAUUCGUCAAACUUACCUACAGUUCAAGAACGUUGGCUAGAAUUUUUGAAGGUAGAUGAUACAACAGGACUUAGACUUGCAACCAAGCUUCAAAGGGCUUUGAUAAAAAUUGAUCUCGAUAUUGAUGACAUUAGAGGGCAAGGGUAUGACAAUGAAUCUAACAAGGGUAUGACAAUGAAUCUAACAUGA